AUGGUUGAAGACCAGCAUUUCUGUAAUGAAUCAGCAGAGCCUCACAGACAGACUGUGACCUCUUAUGCUUUAAAUGUUGUUGCUGUUUCUUUGUCACUUCUGAUAACAUGUGGAAAUCUUCUUGUAAUCAUCUCUGUCAUUUACUUCAAGCAGCUCCACACUCCAACAAACUACCUCAUCCUCUCUCUGGCUGUGACUGACCUGCUGGUUGGGGCUUUAGUUUUACCUUUCAGCACAAUAUUGUCUCUGAGUUCAUGUUACUAUUCAAGUGAUUUUCUCUGCAAAGUGCGAGGCCUGUUUGACUUAUUACUGUGUGCAUCGUCUAUUUUAAACUUGUGCUUUAUCUCUGUUGACAGAUAUUAUGCAGUGCGUCAUCCACUAAUGUACAGAAAUAAAAUGAAUGUUCGUGUUUCUGUGACCAUGAUCCUGGUGAGCUGGGUUCUACCUAUUUUGCUUUUGAUUGCCGUCAUAGUACGUGGAAUAGGUAAAGAGAGUCCUCGUUCAAAGUGCAAGAUAUUUCUAGCUACGGAGGAAUCGACAACUGGUUCUGUGUUUGCAUUUUACAUUCCAGCUGUCAUAAUUUUAACUAUUUAUCUAAAGAUUUUGGUGGUGGCAAAGAAGCAGGCGAGGCGAAUCCAGAACAUUAUGAAGUCUGAAGCAGCUCUCAGUAAGAUGGAGAAUAAGGCCAACAUAACUCUGGCUAUAGUGAUGGGAGUCUUCCACAUGUAUUUUGCAAAAGACUUUUUGUUGCAAACUGAUGCUUCUGAAAAGGAUCUUGGGGCAGUGCUUCUGCAGGGACCACCAGAGGACCAACAUCCAGUUGCCUACAUCAGUCGCAAGCUGCUGCCAAGAGAGAGACGCUAUGCAACUGUGGAGAAGGAAGCCUUGGCUAUUAAAUGGGCCCUUGACUCAUUCAAAUAUUAUUUGUUAGGAAGAGAAUUCACACUUCAGACUGAUCACAGAGCCCUCCAGUGGCUAGAAAAGAUGAAGGACACUAAUGGGAGAAUCACCAGAUGGUAUCUUGCAAUGCAGCCAUUUCGGUUUAAGGUUCACUACAUCCCCGGUAAAGACAACACAACUGCUGAUUACCUUUCUCGGUGCCAGAGGGAAGAUCAGGAAGUGGGGGAGUGUGUGAUGGCCAAAUCCAUGGCCACACUCUGA